GCUCGACUUUCAAAGAGGAAGGAAUUUAGCGUCGAGUCAUGUCGACGGGAGAUAAAUUUCAAACAGAUGCUGCAUCGCGUCAAAAUUUCAAAGUUUCAUACUGCGAUCGUCCAUCGUUUUUUCGCGCCAACUGUUAACAAGGUUCGGAAAACGGAGUAAUAAUCGAUUUUUUGAAUAAAAGUUUUCGAAUAUUUGUGAGACAAAAUUAUCCGCCCACGCAGUCUGUGAUAAAUAAAAUUUUCACGAUUUUAAAAUACAAUUAUGUCAUUCAAAUGAUAAUCGGUGUCUCGUUUUCGCAGUCUUGAAGAAAAUCGUUUUAAGGCGCGUACAAGCGAACGGUGAUUUCAAAUCGCAAUUGCAACCCUUGUUCAAACUUCAACGAUUGCAAAACAAUAUUUGAAAGAAAUCAAUAAAAUAAACCACUGUGUGUUUCUGGAUACCAGCUGUGAUCGUAAUAACAGUGUUUGUUUGUAAUUCUUCUUCUACUUUUUCUAAAAAAACACCACAAGAAACUUGAAAGCACGUCAGUGAUAAAAAAAAAUUCAUCGAUACCGAAAUUUUGAAAAACGUCAAUCGACGUGAGAAAUUAAUAAGUGAACGAAUUGCAAGUUGUUUUUCUCUCAUCUUUGAACGUCGGAGGAUUGUUUAAAUAAAAACCCUACAGUGGCGCAGGCAGGGAUAUAUUUUUUAAAGUGGAGGCGAAAGUUCAUCGAAAGAUGAAAAUCCCCGGGCCAAGGUGGCCGUCAGUUUCCACCUUGAUAUUAGCGACCGCAGGAUGUUUAUUCGCUUUUUUCGCCACAAACGUGGUCAACGGAGCUCCGACAACGCAUUCGCACGGUGCAUCAUCAACAACCGCUCCAGCUCCUCCCGCUGACCAAUGCGACUGGGUCGGAAGCGGAGGGGGUGGUCGAGGAGUGCGUCCAGUUUAUCUGCGUUGUUCGAGGGGUGCCGUGUCCUGGCGUUAUCCCCGAGGUGCGUUACGCGUGGUUUUAUCAGGAUCGGGAGGUCGUAGUUUUCGCGGUUGCGUGAAAGUUUCCGGUCCGGCCCGAGUUUACCUGGAAGCCAAGGGAACAUUGAGACCAGUUUACGCGCCGGGUGACGGUAAACACGAAUCUCUGCACCGCUGUUUUCAUUCGCGAGGUCCGAUCGCGGCACUCUACGUCGAGGCCGACGAACCAACGACCGGAAGAAGUAGGGUAAAGCUACAGUACGACCUUGAAUUUUCUCACCUAAUCGACGACGAGGGUGAAUGCAGACCGUGUUCCAAAGAAGAACUGGCGAAAGCCUACUGCCAGAGCGAUCUCGUGGCCAGGGGGAUGGUCAGGGCGGUGGAGAGACGUCCGGAUCUCGACGCUGCGGAGCUCAUCCUCCGGGUCACAAAGAUGUUGCGACGGGUCGACGAAGCCGACGACAACGAAGUUGACUCCAGUGAAGUUCGCCGCAAGGAGGUCAGAAUCCGAGUCCCCAGUUCGUGUGACGCGCGGCAUGGGCAUGGAGAAUUUGUGAUAAUGGCAAAAAAGAGGCUGGGAGAUCUUACCCUCGUCUGUGCUCCGAGACUGGAAACUUGGGCCGAGGCGGUGAGAGAACUGCAGACAGCCCCUUGUGUCUUGAAGAGCUAAUCCAGCUGAUCGCUGAAACGUUCGGAAAAUCAAUUUCAAAAUAAAUAUAUAUACAUAUUUAUAGAUAACAUUGAAUAAAAUAGAAAAAAAAAAAAAA